AGAAACAGGAGUUUCUGUAUUAGAUGAUGAAGAAGGAGAAAAAAAGAUGGAAGAAAAAGAAGAGGAAAAAGUGGGAGAAAAAGGUCAAAAAGACCAUCUAAAUGAAGAGGAGAAUGAGGAGAAACAUAUGGAAGAGGAAAAUUUUGGAAAAAAUCCGGAAAAAAACGAAGAAAAACGAAGAGAAAUAAGCGUAAAUGAGGAAAAAGAAGAAGAUGAGGAAGAAGAGGAAGAAGACGAAGCUCAAGAUGAAGAUCAAGAUGAGGACGAUGAGGACGAUGAUGAGGACGAAGAGGAAGAGGAGGAAGAGGAGGAAGAAGAAGAUGAGGAGGAAGAAGGGGAGGAACAUGGAUUAUCGGAGAAGAGGCCUAAAAAACGGAGAAAAGAAAGGCGAAAUCAAUUUCUUGAUGUUGAGGCAGAAGUAGAAGAGGACGAGGAAGAAGAGGAAGAAGAUGAGGAAUUUGGAAAAGAGGGAUUUAUUGCGGAGGAAAUAGAAGAUUUGGAUACGGAUCAUAUUUUGCAAAAUGAUGAUAGACAGCAUAGAGAUCUUGAUAGACAGCUUCAAAAGAUUGAAGAUGCAGAUGCAGAACGUCUUGCAGAAGAAUAUCGAGAAAAAUAUGGACGAUCAUCAGCAAGAUUUUAUCGUGGGGAUAUAGAAACGAUUCCUCAAAGAUUGCUUUUACCAUCGGUUAAUGAUCCGAAUUUAUGGGCAGUAAGAUGUAAACCUGGAAGGGAAAAGGACAUUAUUUAUAAAUUAAUGCGAAAAACAGCAGAUCUUCAGAAUUCAGAAACACCAGUGGAAAUCAUAUCAGUAUUUCAAAGGGAUGGAAUUAAUGGAUAUAUUUAUGUAGAAGCAAAGAAAAAGACACAUAUUAUUCACGCAUGUAAAGAUAUUGUUAAUGUUUAUUCAAACCGCAUUAUUCUUGUUCCUAUUAAAGAGAUGCCAGAUUUACUUAAAAUUAAAAAACAAAUUAUGGAAUUGGUUCCUGGUGCAUAUGUUCGAAUUAAACGUGGGAAAUACGCAGGAGAUCUUGCUCAAGUUGACAAUCUUUCGGAAAACGGUUUGUCUGCUAGAGUAAAAAUUGUGCCAAGAAUAGAUUACUCUACUAAAGAAAAGGAUUCAGCUUUUAUUAGUCCAGACGGUAAAAAAAGGUAUCACAAUGGAUAUUCAAUAAAUGUUAGACCACAACAACGGUUUUUCAAUGAAAAAGAAGUAGCAAAAUUCUAUGGGAAUAAAGGUCUUACAAAACGAGGAGCAAGAAAUUAUAUAUUUAAUGGAGAUGAAUAUGAAGAUGGCUAUUUAAUGAAGGAUAUAAGAUUAGCCGGAUUAAUAAUAGAGGGUGUUAACCCAACAUUAGAAGAAAUAACCAAAUUUAAUUCUGGAGUUGAUAAUAAUGAUAAUUUUGAUUUAACAUCUCUUGCACAAAGCAUCAAAACAUCCAAUGUAAUGCCAACAUUUCAACCAGGAGAUCAUGUAGAGGUUCUUGAAGGAGAGCAAAGUGGUGUCCAUGGGGUUGUAGAAGCUAUAAAUAAUGGAAUUAUAACUCUUUAUUCUGAACAUGAAGGUUUGAAAGGUGAAAGACUUGAAAUUCCCUCAAAGGGUCUUAAAAAAAGAUUCAAACAAGGAGAUAAUAUAAAAAUAAUUAGUGGGAAAUACAAAGGAGAUACCGGUAUUAUCAUAUGUGUGAAAAAUGAUCAAGUAGUUCUUUUAAGUGACUUUUCUAUGAAAGAGAUAACUGUAUUUUCUAAAGAUAUUUCUGAAGCAACUCAAUCAACAGGAACAAACGUGAUGUCUAAUGAAUAUAAUCUUCAUGAUUUAGUACAAUUAGAUCAUAAUACGAUAGCCUGUAUCACAAAAGUAGAUGGAAAUUUACUUCGAAUUUUAGAUCAGAAUGGACUUUCUAGAACAAUUCUUCCAAAUCAAAUAUCAAUGAAAUAUCAAUCAAAAAACUCAGUUGCAACAGAUAAAAAUGGACUGGAAAUUCGUAUAGGAGAUACUGUAAAAGAUCUUUGCGAUAGAAAUAGACAAUGGAAUGUUAUACAUAUCAUUCAUGAAUAUGCUUUUCUAUAUGAUCGAGAAGUUACUGAGAAUAAUGGUGUUUUUAUUACAAAAACAAAAAAUCUCACUACUGUUACAGUAAAAGGAAGUCGUACAACUUCUGGUGGACCUGAUUUAAAUAAAAUGAAUCCAGCAUUACAACGACCAAUAAAUUCUGCACAAACAGUUCCUCGCUUUAUAGGCAAAGACAAAGCCGUGGGAGAAACAGUAAAUAUACGUUUAGGUCCAUACAAAGGAUUACUUGGCAUUGUAAAAGAUACUACAGAAACCUCUGCUCGUGUAGAAUUACAUACAAACCAAAAAACAAUAACGAUAGAGAAAAGUAAACUCUCAUUUAAAAAUCGAUAUACUGGAAAAAUGAUGACGUAUUUUGAAUUUGUUACAUCUAAAAGUGGAAAUCAGCGUAAUAGAUAUGAUUCUCGAAACAUUAAUCCAACAUAUGAUCAAUCUAAAUCUAAUAUACCUGUAUGGGCACAAUCCUCUGAAAACAAAACACCCUGGAUCAGUGCUGGUUCUAGAACACCUGCAUGGUCAAAUACUGCUUUACAUACACCGGCCUAUAGUGGAUCGAAAACACCAGCAGCAUCAGGAUCUGCAACUCCUGGUUAUGAAUCAUCAGUAUGGAAUCCUGGAAGCAAAACUCCAGCUCAUAGUUCAAUGACACCUGCAUAUAUUGGUUCUAAUAUCCGAUGGACAGAAGAAGAUGCACGGCGCCUUGGCCUUACAAGCUCAAUUGCCCCAUGGGAAAAUGUGAGUCAUAUAAAUAUGCCAGGCUUCUCUAUUAAUACUUCUGAAAAAACUUCUGCCGAUAUACCUGAUUAUCUACCAAAGGAUCGGUCAACAUCUAUUUCUAAUGAAAAUACAGUUUUAGAAAAGACAUCUUCUAAAUUCAUGACUCAAACAGAUAAUACAACUACAGAAGCAUAUCAAAAAGAUUAUGAGCUAGCUAAUCCAGCUUAUGCACCUCCAAGUCCAUAAAAAUAUUAAAUUCAAAUUACUCAUUAAGGUCAAUACUUUGAAUAAU